AUGUCCUCGAUACGCCCUCCCCGUCAAAAAGAAAUCCCCACCAAAUCCCUCCCCACCAAAAUUCACCCCAAAUCCCUCCCCGAAAUCCCCAAAAAAAUCCCCACUAAAUCCCCCAAAAUCCCCACUAAAUCCCUCCCCACCAAAAUUCACCCCAAAUCCCCUCCCUCAAAAAAAAUCCCCACUAAAUCCCCCAAAAUCCCCACUAAAUCCCUCCCCAACAAAUUCACCCGCAAAAUCCCUCCCCACCAAAUCCCUCCUUCAAAAAAAUCCCACCUAAAUCCCCCAAAAUCCCCACUAAAUUCCUCCCCCCCCAAAAAAAUGCCCACCAAAUCCCAACCUCAAAACAUCACCUCCCCACAAAAUCCCUCCGCAAAAAAAUAUCCCCACCAAAUCCCUCCCCCAAAUCCCUCCCCUCAAAAAAUCCCCACUAAAUCCCCCCCAAUCCCACUAAAUUCCCCAAAUCCCUCCCCCAAAAUCCCUCCCACAAAAAAUCCCUCCUCAAAAAAAUCCCCACCAAAUCCCCCCAAAUCCUCACCAAAUCCCCCCAAAAUUCCUCUCCCCAAAAAAUCAACAAAUCCCCACCAUAUCCCCUGA